AUGGUAAAAAGCCUGGUUGCCAACAACGACCUGUCAAAGGUCAGAGCUAUUGCACAUGGAAAAGCUGAAGAGAGAGUGGCACACUCAAUAUUUGCACGCAACAUGCAAAAAGUGGCAAAGAACUUUACAGUUUUUGAUGCAGGCCUGUGUGUUAAUCCAUACCUCCCAUACCUAGGGGCAAGUCCUGAUGGGAAGAUCUCUGAGCCUCUUGCUGACCCAUGCUAUGGUCUUCUUGAGAUUAAGUGUCCAUUUUCAAAGAGGGCAGAUACCUAGGAGCAGGCCUCAGCAGACCCUACUUUUUAUUUAGAAAAAACAGGAGAGAGUUUUUACCUGAACACAGGACAUUCUUCUGGCUAUAAUGAGCAAGCAAAGGGACAAAUGGCUAUUACAGGAAUUAAAUGGUGUGACUUUUCUGUUUUCCUUUCUGAUACAAAUGAAAUGUGUGUUGAGAGAAUCCCAUUCGAUGACAUCUACUCGUCCACCCAAUUACUACCUAAACUGAAGGAAUUUUAUUUUGAUUAUUUUGAUUAUGCCUUAAAAUAUCUUGUCUAG